GCGUGUUCUUUCCUUUUCGAAUGAUUGAUUUGCGUCUUCUUCCAUUCAUAGAAUCGUGUGCGCAGGCGCCCGAAGAAGGAAGUGUCACUUAAUAAUUUUUCGGAAACUCCGUCUGCCAGGUCAUGUCAUGUGAUGGCCAUUAUUUGCUCCACAUCAGGGGCAUGCUGGUAGCACAUACGUCAGAGGUACACACACAACCAUGAACUACGUGGGGCAGCUGGCGGAGACUGUGUUUGUGACGGUCAAAGAACUAUACCGGGGCCUGAACCCAGCCACGCUCACGGGGGCCAUCGAUGUCAUCGUGGUGCGUCAGCCCGACGGCAGCCUCCAGUGCUCUCCGUUCCAUGUGCGCUUUGGCAAGCUGGGGGUGCUGCGCUCCAAGGAGAAAGUGGUGGACAUAGAGAUCAAUGGGGAGCCAGUUCACCUGCAAAUGAAACUGGGGGACAAUGGAGAAGCUUUUUUUGUGGGGGAAAAUGAGGAUUUUGAGUCCAGAGUGCCAGCCCACCUCUGUACGUCGCCCAUCCACAUCGAGCUGCUGGAGGUGGCCGAGGAAACCUUAGAGGGGCUCCCCAGUUCCGGAAGCACGCGAAGGAAAAAGCGGCGGCGAGUACGCAUACGCUCCGACUCCCACCUAAGAGAAGAUGGUAGCUCCUCGUCCGACGAGAGGGAAAGGGAGAGCGAGAGGGAGCAGUCAGGAGAACAGGAGAGCCCCUCCAAAGAAGAGCCCAGCACGCCAAUGCUCGCCAGUAAGUCUGUGUACUUCUCGCUGUCCGAGGAGCCGCAUGAAGAGUUGGUGGCCGUGCAGACCAGGGACGUCCACCCUCACUCUGAUGGAGAGUGGUCCCCCUCAGAGAGGAAAAACACUCACAUGUGUUCUAUAGUCGUCCUUCCUCCCCCCAAGAGUGACUCUGAGCUGCUGGUGAAGCCUCCGGAGUCUUCAGGGCCUCAGAUGCAGUGGAACUGGGGCGGGUUUCCCGAGAUGUGUCCAAUGGAGAAAGGGAGGGUGGAGGUGCAGCAUGUCUCUGCUGGCAUCCACUGCUCGGACAGCUCCCACUUCCGCACCAUCCAGCGGCAGGACUCCUUCGACAUGGGCCUGGAGCCCGGGGUCAGCUUUGUCCGAGAGAGCAGCAGCGUGACGGUGGUGGUCUGGCCCACCCCCUGGACCGUACCAGUGGUCCAACCCACAGAAAGUUCCUGCAUAGACCUGGAGAGAGCCUCCAAUAUGACCCACUCCACCCCGAAUCACCACACCUCAGAGCUCCACUCAGAACCGCUAACAUUGGCAUCGUUAGCGAUGGCUAGCAUCGAAUCGCCCCAAGCCCCAGGACCUAGAAAAACAAAAACGCAGGUACAAGUAGAGACCCAGCAGGCAGGGGAUGAAGUAGCCAAGGAGUCCCCAUCCAACCCGGAGCUGGAAGACUCCAGAAACUCCCUGGCUAACACAAUUAGCAUGGCUAAUGUAGACAACACUGAUAGACAAGCUAGCGAAGAAAGCACAGCAAAUGUUGAAUGUGUUGCUAACAACAUGGUUAGCCAAGUUGAAAACGACUGUAUAGACACACAUAUCCCAUCCAUAAAAGUUAGCAAAGCUGGCGCAGACAGGCUAGCUAGCGACAGCACAGCUGCUGUAGCUAACAAGGCUAGUUUGGCUAACACAACUAGCUGUGCCAGUGCAGCCAACUUAGGUCGCAUUACCACAGAGUAUCUGGGUAGCAGAGCACAACCAGACCAGUACAGUGCCUUUCCAGAACCCAAUGGACAAGGGCCAGAAGUUGUCUUGAGUGAGGGUGACAGAGGGAUUGAGCCCUGCACCGAGGGAGGGGAGGAGAGAGAGAACGGAUCUGUAAUGACGGACAAAGCCACAGACGGCUCCCUGACCAAUCAGGCUGCAGAGAGUGUCGGAGUGACAGACUUGUUAGCCACUGAGGCUCUGGGGGAGGAGCAGUCUAGCUCAGCAGAGCACCAGGACAAGAAGAAAGGUAAACGCAGUCAGCACCUUGGACCCUCCGACAUCUACCUGGAUGACUUGUCUAACCUGGACCCAGAAGUGGCAGCUCACUACUUCCCACCUAAAAGUGAGGCAGAAGGAUGCUCGCGGCUCGGUGCGGAGCAAGGGUCCGGUUCUGGUAACCAGUCUCCCCAGUCGGUGGGCAGUGGGGCCAUGGACAGCGGCACAGAGUACCAGUCCGACUCUACAACCGACCACAUGGACGUUAGCAUGUCCCUCUGCGGCCGCACCGGCCACACCAGUCAAAUAAACAAAGAUCAGUUUAUGGAGCACGUUGUGAACUACCAGGAUUUGGUGAGCAACCCUGGAAUCAUCGAAGAUCCAAACCUGGUUAUCUGCAUCAACUCAAAGUAUUAUAACUGGGCAGUGGCUGCCCCUAUGGUCCUGUCAAUGCAAGUUUUUCAAAAGAAUAUACCAAAGAGUGCCAUUGACCAGCUGGUGAAGGACAAGAUGCCCAAAAAGUCUGGCCGCUGGUGGUUCUCCUGGAGGAGGAAGGACAUGGACACUAACUCAAACCAGACUGGAGAGAACUCUAAGCAGGACCAAGAGGAGGCACAGACCGAGAAUGAUGUCUCAACCUCUGUGUCUGUCACUGGUCCCUCAACAACCAUGCUGGCGACUCUGGAUGACCUGACUAGUGAUGAGGAGGCGGGCCUAGGCAGAGUGGGCAACCUAUCAUCAGAGACCCUAGAGACCAUAAACGCUGCCCAGUGUUUUAGCCAAAUGUACCGCAAGUCCCUACGCCUCACCUCCGAACAGAUAGAGCGGUUGAACCUGCGUGAGGGGGCCAACAAGGUUAUGUUCAGCGUAACUACUCAGUACCAGGGCACCUGUCGCUGCGAAGCCGCCAUCUACCUGUGGAACUGGGACGACCACGUCGUCAUCUCAGACAUCGAUGGCACCAUCACAAAGUCUGAUGCCCUGGGUCAUAUCCUACCUCAGCUGGGGAAAGACUGGACACACCACGGCAUUGCCCGUCUCUACCACAAAAUCCACCAAAACGGAUACAAGUUCCUCUACUGUUCGGCGCGGGCCAUCGGCAUGGCUGACAUCACCAAGGGCUACCUGCAGUGGGUGAAUGACAAAGGCACCAUCCUCCCCAAGGGCCCCGUGCUGCUGGCCCCCAGCAGUUUCUUCUCUGCCCUGCACAGAGAGGUGGUAGAGAAGAAGCCGGAGGUGUUCAAGAUCGCCUGCCUCACCGACAUCCGAGACCUGUUCAACCCCCAGAGGAAGCCCUUCUAUGCAGCCUUUGGCAACAGGACCAAUGAUGCCAAUGCUUAUAAGGAAGUGGGUGUCAGGGACACCAGGAUCUUCACUGUGAACCCCAAGGGAGAGCUCGUCCAGGAGAAGAACAAAGGGAGCAAGUCCUCGUACACUCACCUGAGCGAGCUGGUGGAGCACUUCUUCCCUAUGAUCUCUGAGGAUGGGAGGUCGUCCUCCUUUGACUGCCCCGAGUUCAGCCACUUCUCCUACUGGAGAGAGCCCCUACCACCACUGGACCUGUCUACUCUGGAUUAGACACACACACACACACACUUGCCACUGGAUCUGUCUACUCUGGAUUAGAGACACACUCGCCACUGGAUCUGUCUACUCUGGAUUAGACACACAGCUCGAAUCCCCGAGCUGGCAAGGUAAAAAUCUGUCGUUCUGCUCCUGAGCAAGCCAGUUAACCCACUGUUCCCCGGGCGCCGAAGACGUGGAUGUUGAUUAAGGCAGCACUCAGCACCUCUCUGUUUCAGAGGGGUUGGGUUAAAUGCUUAAGACACAUUUCAGUUGUACAACUGACUAGACAACUGUACAACUGACUGGUUUUCCUUUCUAUCUCUCCUUCUCACUCAUCACUCCUUUUUCUCUUUCGAUCCCUUUCUGAUUCAGAAAUUGUUUUAAUUAAUAAGCAUUGAUGGCCUGGAAUAUUGUAGAUGUGCAAGGUUGUCAUUUAAUAUACUCUGUUUUGUGUCGAUUCAUCUGAUGCAAUUGAAAACUAAAGUGUCUGGCUUUCAGCAGAGAGCAACAUUUAUAGAAAUAUGCGCCGAUGACGCUGCAUUUAACGCAACACUAUAUUCUUCAUAUUGUGCAAUCCUUGAUUGCAAAAAUACAUACUGCACUGGCCAUACCAUAUUGCCAUUAUCCAAAUGAUACUGGCGCAAUGUGCAUUUGUGCUGCUCAAGAAUUCCAUUUUAUAUUUACAUUUUAGUCGUUUAGCACAGGGUUUUCCAAACUUUUUCACUCAGGCCCACCUUUCCAGAAUUCGUGAACAUCCCAAAUACAUUCCAGGGUUGAGUAAAUUGACUGUUUGGGUAAUUGAAAUGGCCAUGAUCUGGACUGAAACACUGCCUUUCUGCUUAUAUAUGAUUUAUAAGCUUUCAUAUUUAAAGGGAUACUUAGGGAUUUGAUCUACUUCCCGAGGGUCAGAUGAACUCAUGGGUACAAUUUGUAUCUCUCUGCGUACAGUUUGAAGGAAGUUGCUAACUAGCGCUAGCACACUUAGUCAGUCGACUGGAUGUCUAUUGAUAUCUGCAAGCACUUUGUCUUCCAAGUCAUUGUGCUAAUGCAAGUUAGUAUUGGCUCACAAAACUACCUCUAACUUUCUUCAUACUGGACACAGAGACAGAAGCUGUGUUCGAAUACCCAUACUAACAUACUACAUACUUAAUGAGUAUAUACUAUUAGUUCAUUUUAGUAUACUGUAAAAUAACGGUAUCCUUCAGUUGAGCGUACUAGCGCUUCCCCUGUCUACCGGAAGUUUUUUGCUGUUGCUAUGCAACCUCUUGCUAGCAAGACAUUUUACAAGUAAAUUCAAUCUGGAGUGCCCGAGUGUGCUCGUAAUUUUUUAGCUUUGUCAGGUUGUCCGUUCAUAAAUUCAGAGCGUUUCACUAUGAGCUUCAGAACGCACACUGGACACUGGCCCGUUCUGACCUCACAAUAGCAGUUAAGCAUCCAAGCUAACUUUCUAGCUACUUCCAGACACAAAUGAAAGAACACCUCACUCUGACCAUUUACUCGCCCUAGCAGAGUCAAUGACUAUACAACUUGGCUAAACUAAGAAUGACGGGAGUAAUCAAGUCACUAAACGUUGGGUAGAUAGUUAGAUAGCAUAUAGUAAAUAUACUGGCAAGUUUGAUGUAUUAGUAGCCAACUAACCUUAAAAAGCUAGCUAACAUACUGGUACAUACUGCUGUAAUGCUAUGCGCUUUUAAGGAUGGUGUAGCUAUUUGAAAAGUAAUUACUUUAUUACAUUUCUCAUUUUCUUAACGUUUGUCAUAAUUAGUUAAAUUUGUAUCCGCUCUCGUUGGACUUCGGCUGCAUAUUUUCUUCAAAUCUGAAAAUGUUGAAGUCACGCCCAUUUUCAGAAUAAUUACAUUAUGGGCCCUUAAGCACGGAAAGAGUGUCCACUGCUUGUAUACUUCGUAUUUUGGCAAAUGUAGUGCGACCACCGGGAACUUUUGGCAUACUAACUAUAUCCAUAUUAUGACCAACAAGCAUACUAUAGUUACGUCACAAAUAGUGCUGUUAGUAUGAGUAUUCGAACACAGCUAUAGACAUGGUAUCUACGAGUUCAUCUGAUUCUUAAGAAGUAGAUAAAUGGCCUCAUUGCCAAAAUGCCGAAGUAUCCCUUUAAUUAUAUUUAGAAAUCUUUUUUUGUCAUCCUAAGUGAUACCAAUUACUCUGUGUAGAGAGACAUUGCAUUGGACCUGAAGAGCCUUGUUGUUGUAUUUUCUAAUGAUCUACACUGAAAAAAAUAUAAACACACAAUGUAAAGUGUUGGUCCCAUGUUUCAUGAGCUGAAAUAAAAGAUCCCAGAAAUCUUC